CAGAGUUUCGGCCUGCUCGCGAGCUCGAACGAUGGCUCCGACUGCGUUCAAGGACAUUGGAAAGCUGUGCUCGGACCUGCUCUCCAAGGACUACAAGACCGGCAGCAAUUCGGUCGAGGUCAAGUCCAAGGUCCCCAACGGCAUCACAUUCACGCCCAAGGCGGACAAGACGGGCGACAAAUUCUCGGGCAGCCUCGCCGCCAAGUCUGCGGUGCCCGGCGGCGCUGACCUCGAGGUGACGCUGAAGACGUCGGGCGUCAUGUCGGCGUCGCUCGAGGCGGCCAACAUGAUGAAGGGUCUCUCUCUGACGCUGGACUGCGAGACGCCGGCGCCCGGCAAGCCGGGCCUGCUCUCGUCGGGGAAGGGGACGCUCGACUACAAGACGGACGCCCUCACUGCCAAGGGCUCCUACGACUACUACCGAGGCAGCCACCGCAGCUCCACCACCGCAGCUCCUGCCACCACCGCAGCUCCCCUCCCGCUUUCACACCACGCGCCAGCUAUGCAGCUAUAUAGUGAGGGGAGGGUUGCAGCGCUCACGUUUGGCGCGUGCGCGGACUACUCCGUCUCCAAGUCGUCGCUGAGCAAGUACGCCGCGGCGUGCCAGUACGUAGCGCCCGACUUCACCGUGUGCGCGAAGCUGAACGAGGCCCUCGGCAAGCCGGGCGGGAUGGUGUACGCGGGCUCGUACUACCACAAAGUUGGCACCGAGGUGAGCAAGGCGGCCAAGAAAGACGCGGUCUCUCUCGCGUUCGGCUGCCAGUACAAGCUCGACAAGGACCUGACUGUCAAGGGCAAGGUGGACGCCGACGGCAUGCUCUCUGCCUCGUACAAGCACAAGCUCUCAAACAUCUCGACCCUCACCCUCGCCACCGUCAUCGACACGGUCCACCUCGCCGAGUCGUCAAAGCACAAGUUCGGCCUCGCCCUCAACCUCACCCCCUGAGGCGCCGCCGCGCCGCCGUCGCUGCCGUCGCGGCAGCGCGGCGGCGAAGCAGCCGCAAUGGCACGCCGGGGGCGGCGCGGGGCGCUGCCAACGUCGCGCCGGGGGCGACUGCGCUCGGCCCGGCGCUCUCGCGCGGAGCGACGGGUGCGGGGGCGCGGGUCCGGCACCGCCCGGACGCAGCGGCGAGCGGUGGGCGCGCGCCGGUGUGGCCCUGUGGCUGUGCAAGAUCUUCCUACGUUCGCGUCCGACCCACCUCGCUGUCCCGGGACGCACACGUGCACAUCUCACGUCCCUCGACACGUCGAGAACCGCAAAAUAUAGGAAUUCCAGUCCGCAUGAACUCAAACGUAAAGCGGUAGUCUGAAGUGC